AAGCGGCCCUCCCGCACCGACGCGACCCGCGAAAAGCAACGUCCCCAAAAGCAAGCUGCAGCCCCGGCAGGAGGCCGCAGCCACAGGGCAGAGGGCAGAGGGCAAGCGGACGGGGACGCGGGCGCGCGUGCGUGAACAAUGGCAGGUGCCGCGGCGAUGGCCUCCUUAGCCGCGGUGGCGGGGGCGUGGCUCGAGCCCGACAUCCACGGGCCGACGGCCGUGCUCCCGCGCCGGCUGUGGCCGUCGUGGUCGGGAGGCGGCGGCCGCGCCGAGCUGUUCCCGUUCCCGCUGCUUGGCUGGGCGUGGCCGGCGUCGGGCGGCGGCGAGGCGCUGCGGGCCGCGUGGGACGCGGCGCGCGCGGCGGCCGUGGCGCCGGCGCUGGCCGCCGCGUCGUGGGUCUGCCUGGCCCUGUCGGCCAUGCUCCUCGCGGACGCCGUGUUCCUGGCCGCCGCCAGCCUCCUGGCGCGGCGGAGGAGGCCGUACCGGGCGCCGGGCCCCAUUGCUAGUGCUGGCCCCGCCGCCGAGGAGGAGGACGACGGGGACGGGGAUGAGGAGGCUGGCCGCACCGUCGGCUACCCCGUGGUGCUCGUCCAAAUCCCCAUGUACAACGAGCGGGAGGUGUACAAGCUUUCCAUUGGAGCAGCAUGCGGGAUGUCGUGGCCGUCGGAUAGGGUCAUCGUACAGGUUCUCGACGAUUCCACUGAUCCGACGGUUAAGGAUCUGGUGGAGCUUGAAUGCAAGUUUUGGGCUAACAAAGGCAAGAACGUAAAAUAUGAGGUGAGGAACAAUCGGAAAGGUUACAAGGCGGGUGCGCUUAAACAAGGGAUGCUCUACGACUAUGUUCAACAGUGUGAUUUUGUCGCUGUGUUUGAUGCUGAUUUCCAACCAGAACCUGACUUCCUCAUGAGGACCAUCCCAUAUCUUGUUCAUAAUCCACGAAUUGGUCUUGUUCAGGCGCGGUGGGAAUUUGUUAAUCACAAUGAAUUCCUGAUGACAAGGAUACAAAAGAUGACAUUAGAUUAUCACUUCAAAGUAGAGCAGGAAGCAGGUUCAUCCAUCUUUGGCUUCUUUGGUUUUAACGGAACUGCUGGUGUCUGGAGAAUUUCUUCUAUCAAGGAAGCUGGAGGCUGGGAGGAUCGAACCACUGUGGAAGACAUGGAUUUAGCAGUCAGAGCAGGUCUGAAAGGAUGGAAAUUCAUCUAUGUUGGGGAUGUUAAGGUGAAAAGUGAACUGCCAAGCAAUCUGAAGGCAUAUCGCCGUCAACAACAUCGGUGGACAUGUGGGGCAGCAAAUUUAUUCCGGAAGACGGGAGUGGAAAUUAUUCUGACUAAGGAGGUGUCGCUUUGGAGGAAGCUCUAUCUGAUCUACAGCUUCUUUUUCAUUAGGAAGGUUGUUGCCCAUGUGGUACCUUUCAUGCUCUACUGUGUAGUAAUUCCUUUAUCUGUCCUUAUUCCUGAGGUCAGUGUUCCUGUAUGGGGGGUGGUUUAUAUCCCAACAACAAUAACACUUCUUUACGCCAUCAGAAAUCCAAGUUCUAUCCAUUUCAUACCAUUCUGGAUCCUUUUUGAGAAUGUGAUGUCUUUUCACCGAACAAAGGCCACAUUCAUCGGUUUGCUCGAGCUUGGGAGUGUAAACGAGUGGGUUGUCACUGAGAAGCUUGGUAAUUCAAACGGCACCAAGUCUGUGCCACAAAUACUUGAAAAGCCUCGCUGCAGGUUUUGGGACAGAUGCAUCAUAUCAGAGAUUUUAGUCGCCGCCUUCCUCUUCUUCUGUGCCACAUACAACUUGGUUUUAGGAGACGACUUCUAUUUCGUUUACAUAUAUUUACAGGCAAUAACAUUUCUUAUUGUUGGCACCGGUUUCUGCGGAACAUCCAGCUCCAACUCAUAACGGUACAUAACAGCUAGGACUGAUCCAACAGAAAAAUUGUUCACCAAUUGAUCUUAUUGUCUACUUUGAUGCCGAUUAGGCCGGUUGUCCAGAUAUGUACUUGUUGGUUCACCUCGGGCUGCGGUGUGUUUCUUGGUCUUCCAAAGCCGAGUACCAGGCUAUUGCUAAUGGAGUCACCGAGGCUUGUUGGUUGUGGCAAUUGCUAGAGGAGCUUCGUUGCCCACUGCGCCGUGCCACCAUUGUCUACUCACCAGUCACUAGCAAACCAAACAUGUUGAGAUUGAAUUACACUUUGUUUGAGAUCAUGUAGCUCUUGGCGAAGUUUGUGUCCUCCAUGUUCU